AUGGCGGAUCAGCAUUCUAUUUCGUCCGAUCAACCAAAAUAUGGAGAUACUGGCUCGUCCAACAGUCCACAACAGCAUUAUUCCGGCUAUGCCGAAAGAUACAUCUCCAGACGGUCCAACGUCAAUGACAUUGAAAACAAUGACCAGGAGGGUAUCUACUCAGAACAGUUGGCCCAUAUAUUGACUAACGCACAGGGAAUUGAGAAGAUCCAGUCGUUAGCUAGAACCUUAUCACGCCGCACUAAGGCUCAGAUGAAUGAGUUUACCGUUAACGAAGACAACUUCGACUUGCAGCUCUUGCUUGACUACUUGAGUGUCAAGUCCCGGGAGCAGGGGAUCGAAUCCGGUGCCGCGGGCUUGGCUUUCAAGAACCUUACCGCUGUGGGCGUGGAUGUGUCUGCCGCGUACGGUCCGUCCGUUGAAGAAAUGGUCAGAGACAUUAUCAAUUGGCCAGUCAAGUGGUUCAAAAAGGAUACCAGGCCGCUUAGAAACAUUAUUGAAAACUUUACUGGUACCGUUGAGGCUGGCGAGAUGUGUUUUGUCGUCGGCAGACCUGGCUCUGGGUGUUCCACGUUGUUGAAGUGUCUUACCGGUGAAACUUCGGAGUUGGUUUCAGUUUAUGGUGAGUACCAGUACGAUGGCCUUGACCAGCCGGAAAUGAUGCGUGACUACAAGGGUUACGUCAUUUAUAACCCGGAAUUGGACAACCAUUUUCCAUUGGUCACCGUCAAAAACACUAUCGACUUUGCGUUAAAGUUGAAAACUCCAAACAGACGUAUUGAUGGGAUUUCGAAGAAGCAGUACGUUUCCAUCAUGAGAGACUUGUGGUGUACCGUGUUCGGUUUGAGACAUACCUACAAUACUCACGUGGGUAACGAUUUUGUCAGAGGUGUCUCCGGUGGUGAGAGAAAGAGAGUAUCCAUUGUCGAAGCUUUGGCUUGCAACGGAUCCAUUUACGCUUGGGACAACGCCACCAGAGGUUUGGAUGCCUCCACUGCCUUGGAAUUCACCCAGGCCAUUAGGACCGCCACCAACAUGCUACAGAAUUCCUCCUUUGUCGCCAUCUAUCAAGCCGGCCAAAAUAUUUACGAAUUGUUUGACAAGGUAACCGUCUUGUACUUGGGCAGACAGAUCUACUUUGGCCCAGCCUCUACCGCUAGAGCCUACUUCGAGAACAUGGGUUGGUACAAGCCUCCCAGAAUGACUGAUCCCGAGUUCUUGACCUCUAUCACCGAUCCUAAUGGCCGCACUGUCAAGCCAGGUUACGAGGGUAGAAUACCAACCACUGCUCAAGAAUUUGAACAUUACUGGUUGAACUCUCCAGAGUACCAAGCCUGCCUCGCUGAAUACGAUAACUAUGUUAGUGCCCAUCCACCCGAUGAAACCAGGGCCAGAUUGCACAACGUCAAGAUGCAGAGAAAGCAGGCCAUGUCCAGAACAAAAUCCCGGUUUGUCGCCUCUUACUUCGAUCAGGUGUCUGCUUUGAUGACCAGAGGUUUCCAAAGAACCAAGGGUGAGAUGACCUACCAGACGAUCUAUAUCUCUUCGUUUAUCAUUGAGGGGUUGGUUGUCGGUUCCUUGUUCUGGAAUAUUCCAAAAGACACCACCGGUGCCUUCCCCCGAGCCGGUAUUGUGUUUUUUUGUUUGCUUUUCUGUGCCGUCACCUCGUUGGCGGAAAUAUCCCAUUCUUUUGCCCACCGUCCUAUCAUCUUAAAGCAAAAAUCCUAUUCCAUGUACCAUCAGUCUGCCGAGGCAUUGCAGGAAAUUAUCACCGAAAUCCCCGUAAAGUUUGUUGCAAUUGUUAUCUUUGCAUUGACCACCUACUGGAUGCUGAAGUUGAAGCAUGAAGCCGGGGCCUUUUUCAUGUUCUUUUUGUUUUUGUUUACCAUUCAGCAGUGCAUGUCGUUCAUCUUCAAGGUGGUUGCUUCUGUCACCCGUGACGGUGGCACCGCUCACGCCAUUGCCGGUUUGUGGGUCUUGAUGUUGUGUGUCUAUGUUGGUUUCAUUAUCCCAUUGCCAUCUAUGCAUCACUGGGCUAAGUGGGUUAACUGGAUAAACCCGAUGAGAUAUGGCUUCGAAUCGUUGAUUGCUACCGAGAUGCACGGUAGGAUUAUGAGGUGUGCUUCUUUGAUUCCAACCGGCGAGGGUUACGAAAACGUCGGCAUCACCAACCAGGUCUGUACCACUGCUGGUUCCAUCAUGGGUGAGUUAUACGUUUCCGGCGACGCUUACAUCAAGGCUUCGUACAACUUCUCUUACAGUCAUGCAUGGAGAAACUUCGGAAUCAAUAUUGCUUGGACCGCCGGCUUCAUCAUAAUAAAUAUCGGAUUAUCUGAGUUUGUCAAGUCCGUUGAAGGAGGUGGUGACAUGUUGUUGUACAAGAGAGGUUAUUUGCCAGACGGCGACUCUGAAACCGCCGAUGCCAAGGUUGCUUCCAGAGACGAGAUGAUGGAGGCUCUUAAUGGUCCUGGUGUUGACUUGGAAAAGGUUAUCGCCGAGAGAGAUGUCUUUUCGUGGCAAAAUUUGGACUACAUUAUUCCAUACAACGGUGCACAAAGGCAAUUGCUUUCCAAGGUCCAGGGUUAUGUCAAGCCUGGCACCAUGACCGCCUUAAUGGGUGAGUCUGGUGCUGGUAAGACCACCUUGCUUAACGUCUUGUCUCAGAGAAUCGACUUUGGUACCAUUACCGGUGAGAUGCUUGUGAACGGUCAUCCUGUCGAUGCCUCUUUCCAGAGGAGAACCGGUUACGUCCAGCAGCAGGACUUGCAUUUGGCCGAAUACUCUGUCAGAGAGUCGUUGCGGUUCGCCGCUUACUUGCGUCAGCCUGAAACUGUUUCCAGAGCCGAGAAAAACGAGUACGUCGAGAAGAUCAUCUCCUUGUUGGGCAUGCAGAACUAUGGUGAAGCCAUCAUCGGUAAGGUUGGCCGGGGGUUGAACGUCGAACAGCGUAAAAAAUUGUCCAUCGCCGUCGAGUUGGUAGCCAAGCCUUCGUUGUUGUUAUUCUUGGAUGAGCCAACCUCUGGGUUGGAUUCCCAAUCCGCCUGGUCCAUCAUUCAGUUCUUGCGUGCCUUGUCUGAUUCCGGCCAGGCUAUCUUGUGUACCAUCCACCAACCGUCUGCCACUUUGUUUGAGGUUUUCGACAAAUUAUUGUUGUUGAAGAAGGGUGGUAGAACUGUCUACUUUGGCGAUAUUGGCUCGAACUCUGAGACCAUGUUGACCUACUUUGAAAGACAGUCUGGGAUCAAGUGUGGUGUAUCUGAGAACCCUGCGGAGUACAUUUUGAACUGUAUCGGUGCCGGUGCUACGGCUCACACCAAGUUGGCUUCUGACUGGGGUGACCUUUGGAACGAGUCUCUGGAAUGUGCCCAUGAACGUGCUGUCAUCGACCAACUUCACCGUGAUUUGCCACAGAAGCCCGUUUCGCAAAAUCUCGAAGAUUUAAAGUCCAAGUUUGCCACCUCUUACAUAAACCAAAUUUCGGUCGUCUUCAACAGAACCAGGCUUCAGUUCUGGAGAUCUCCGGUCUACAUCCGAGCUAAGUGCUUCGAAUCUGUUAUCUGUGCCCUUUUUAUCGGUUUCUCUUUUGUUAAGGCCAAUCACUCUCUUGCUGCCUCCCAAUUUGGUUUAUUGGCAGUUUAUAUGUUGAUGAUUAUCUCCUUGGCCUUGAUUAACCAGAUUCAUGUCUACGCCUAUGAUUCCAGAGAGUUGUUUGAAGUAAGGGAAUCUGCCUCCAAUACGUUCCACUGGUCUGCCUUGUUAUUGUCUCAGACAGCCUGGGAGAUCAUUUGGUGUAUGUCUUGUCAAUUCUUUUGUUUCGUCUGUUUUUACUUCCCAGCUGGGUUCUCGGCCACUCCAGAGCAUGCCGGCUACUUCUUCUUGAUUUUCGUGGUCAUGUUCCCAAUCUACUACGUUUCUUACGGGUUGUGGAUUUUAUACCUCUCCCCGGACGUUCCAUCUGCCGCUAUGAUCAACUCCAACCUUUUCGCCGCCAUGAUGUUGUUCUGUGGGAUCCUUCAGCCGUACGACUUGAUGCCAGGCUUCUGGACUUUUUUUUACAAGGCCUCUCCAUUCACGUACUUUGUCCAGUCUCUUGUUUCCCCUUUGGUCGACGGGAGAGAAUUGAUUUGCAAAUCUUACGAAUACUCCAUCGUGAGCCCCCCAGUCGGUCAGACUUGCGGCGAAUACUUGGGUCACUAUACCAACACCUCCGGUGGUUAUGUUGGCAACCCAGAUGCCACUAGCUUAUGUGAAUAUUGUCCAUACACCACCCAGGCCGAACCAAUGGCUCUUGUCAACAUCAAGUGGUCCCAGAGAUGGAGAAACUUUGGUUUCAUGUUUGCUUACAUCAUCUUCAACUUUGUUGCCAUGUUGGGUUGCUACUAUAUCAUGAGGGUCAAGGUCUGGAGUUUGAAAUCUAUCUUGAACUUUAAGAAGUGGUUCCACGGCCCAAGAAAGGACAGACACGACCCAGAGUCCAAUGUUUUCGCCGCUCAGCCAGGCGACGACAAGGUUGUUAAGAAGACUCAGUAG